UUUUAGUAGAGACGGGGUUUCUCCAUAUUGGUCAGGCCGGUCUUGAACUCCCGACCUCAGGUGAUCCGCCCGCCUUGGCCUCCCACAGUGCUGGGAUUCCAGGCGUGAGCCCCAUGCCCAGCCGCCUGUGCUUGUUUCUUUACGAUGACGACACUCAUGGGGCCCUUACCACUGAUGAGGCGUCUGCCUUGGUCUUUGUGAGCCGGCCCACCUGUAAUGCACCUGCUGUUGUCCUUGAGGAGGAAACUGAGGCAAGCCGUGGCUCCGUGGAGGGGACUGAGCCACACUCGACUGUGCUGUGGCCCAGAGUAGGAUGGCUGAAGGUGAGGGAGGGGCAAGGGGUGCCCAGAAGUGGCUGAGGCAGCCUCCAGCACCACUGGUCUCAGCCUCACCUGCAAGGAGGAAACCUUAGGCAGAAGGUACCCUGGGCAGUGCUUACCCCAACACGGCGUCAGCGCCUGUGGGUGGUGUGGGAAUGGGAGUUCUCCAGACGGGCCCAGCUCAGCAAGUCAGAACCUGGGAGGAACACCAGUGAAUGGGACCAGGGCAGGCCACCCCUCCCCGCAGUGAGCGGCCCCUUCCUGCCGUGGGCUGCUGUGGCCGAGAGCAGCCUCCUGGAGGGGCAUGUUGGGGACCACGUGGUCUGCAGCCAGGCAGCGUGAUUCCAGGUGGGGCCUGGUGGUUCCAUUCACAGCUGCAUACCUGGGCUCGUGUGUCCCUGGCCUGGCCAGUGUCGUGUUGGCGUCCAUGGGCCUCUUGGCCAGCUGGGGCAACCAGAGUGCAUGCCCAUGCCAGGUAGACCAGCCUGAGUCCACUCUGCUGUUCAGACAGCCCAGCCAGUGACACGGCUCCCAGGAGCCCCGACUCUGCGCUCCUGCUCAGGACAGCCUCUGCCUCCCGGACCCUGGGCUGUCUUCUGCCCACCUCCCAGGUGAGGAAUGUAACCGCCUCCAGGAAGCAGAAUGAGGAGAGGAAGCACCUGUGGACACAGACAGAUGGGCCAGUCCUGCCUCUGAGGCAGCUCCCAGGAGUGGCCUACUUUUCAGGAGUAUGACCUCGAUGUGGAGUCUUCCCUUUUCCCUGAGCUCCUGGCAGCCCCUGCCUCAGUACUAGAAGCUCCAAGAGAAACCCAUGGUAGGAGGAAGCUGACACCCAUGGUGACCUGUCCACCCCUGGGAGAGAGCUUAGGGCUGCCAGGACCUCUCUGUGCACAUCCUUGACGGACUCUGCUGAGGGUGGGGCGGAACCCCUGUUUCUGUGGGCUCUCGGAGAGGUGACUGUGUCCGCUGAGCCCUGGGUGGCUGCAGGUCCCUGCAGGAUCCCCCGUGAGUGGGGGUAGGGCAGGGCAGUUAUUUUCAGAUGGUGCCAGAGGGUGGAGUUUCAGAUUUGUUUAUGCCUGUCGGAAGCACUUUGGGGCUAGGGAUGGGGUGCCCAGCUCAGCACUGACGUUCGGGACAUCUGGCCAAGAGGCGCCUCAGAUUUCCCUGUCCUGCUGUGGGGGGUUCAUUCCGUAGCCAGGGGAUCCAGGGGAUCCAGGAGGGGUGCAGGCACAUGGCGCACGGUGGUCCUCCGCAAGCCUGCGGCCCUAGGCUGGCCGAAUGUGCCAGCGCACAGGAGGGGGCAGUUCACACCAAGGGCUGGCCCGAGGAUUGUCAGGGCCACACCAGGCAAAGCCAGUGCUAUUAAUAUCAGGCAUACACAAGCCCCCAGCUGGGUGAUCCUCUUAUGCCUGGCCUUGGCCUCUGAGGACGGCAGUGAGUGCUAUGCCCUCAGUACGGUAGGGGCUCCAAGGGCCUCCGAGCUGCUGAGUCUCUGCUGUCACUUGGCAGGCAGCUUCUACCAGCCAAGGGUCUUACCCCCAGCCCCCCGGCUCUGCACCCACUGUGCUGCCCAUAGGAGUAGUCCUGCCCAUGGACGGGCAGUUCAGGUGGCCGGAGCUCCUGAGCUGCCUUAGGGGACUGCUGUGGGUCUGAGGUGGUGACGCCCCCCACAGCUGCCUGCGCCUGAGCCCCCACGCAUCCACCCCUGGGGCCACUCACUGUUCAGGAGCACCCACCCGUGUCUUCAACCAUGAGCAGCCCCCCAUCUUACCCUGGCAUCAGGAUCUCAGGGUGCCGGGCCCUUAGAGCAGAAGGCAGCAAUGCAGAGUCCCUGGACAGGCUCCUGCCACCUGUGGGCACCGGGCACUCUCCCCGGAAGCGGACCACCAGCCAGUGCAAGUCAGAGCCUCCCCUGCUGCGCACCAGCAAGCGUACCAUCUACACCGCAGGGCGGCCACCCUGGUACAACGAGCAUGGCACACAAUCCAAAGAGGCUUUCGCCAUUGGCCUGGGAGGUGGCAGUGCCUCUGGGAAGACCACUGUUGCCAGAAUGAUCAUUGAAGCCCUGGACGUGCCCUGGGUGGUCUUGCUGUCCAUGGACUCCUUCUACAAGGUGCUGACUGAGCAGCAGCAGGAACAGGCCGCACACAACAACUUCAACUUCGACCACCCAGACGCCUUUGACUUCGACCUCAUCAUUUCCACCCUCAAGAAGCUGAAGCAGGGGAAGAGUGUCAAGGUGCCCAUCUAUGACUUCACCACGCACAGCCGGAAGAAGGACUGGAAAACACUGUAUGGUGCAAACGUCAUCAUCUUUGAGGGCAUCAUGGCCUUUGCUGACAAGACGCUGCUGGAGGCAGUCUACAGCUGGGUCCAUCUGCUGGCCCUGCAAGGCAGAGCUGGGGCAGUGGUUCCUUCUCCACCGGCUGAGGCCAGUGCUCACACCUGGCGUGUUCUUGGCGUUCUCGUCCCUUGCUGUGGUGCUGAUGGACAGCUCCUGGACAUGAAGAUCUUUGUGGACACAGACUCUGACAUCCGCCUGGUACGGCGGCUGCGCCGGGACAUCAGUGAGCGCGGCCGGGACAUCGAGGGUGUCAUCAAGCAGUACAACAAGUUUGUCAAGCCCUCCUUCGACCAGUACAUCCAGCCCACCAUGCGCCUGGCAGACAUCGUGGUGCCCAGAGGGAGCGGCAACACGGUGGCCAUCGACCUGAUCGUGCAGCAUGUGCACAGCCAGCUGGAGGAGCAGAGGAAGCUACGUUGGGAUAUGGCUGCGCUGGCCUCGGCACACCAGUGCCACCCCCUGCCCCGGACGCUGAGCGUCCUGAAGAGCACGCCGCAGGUGCGAGGCAUGCACACCAUCAUCAGGGACAAGGAGACCAGUCGCGACGAGUUCAUCUUCUACUCCAAGAGACUGAUGCGGCUGCUCAUCGAGCACGCGCUCUCCUUCCUGCCGUUUCAGGACUGCGUUGUGCGGACCCCGCAGGGGCAGGACUACGCGGGCAAGUGCUACGCGGGGAAGCAGAUCACCGGUGUGUCCAUUCUGCGCGCCGGUGAAACCAUGGAGCCCGCCCUGCGCGCUGUGUGCAAAGACGUGCGCAUCGGCACCAUCCUCAUCCAGACCAACCAGCUUACCGGGGAGCCCGAGCUGCACUACCUGAGGCUGCCCAAGGACAUCAGCGAUGACCACGUGAUCCUCAUGGACUGCACCGUGUCCACGGGCGCCGCGGCCAUGAUGGCGGUGCGCGUGCUCCUGGACCACGACGUGCCUGAGGACAAGAUCUUUCUGCUGUCACUGCUCAUGGCAGAGAUGGGCGUGCACUCAGUGGCCUAUGCGUUUCCACGGGUGAGAAUCAUCACCACAGCGGUGGACAAGCGGGUCAAUGACCUUUUCCGCAUCAUCCCAGGCAUUGGGAACUUUGGCGACCGCUACUUUGGGACAGACGCGGUCCCCGAUGGCAGUGACGAGGAGGAAGUGGCCUACACGGGUUAGCUGCCCAGUGAGCCAUCCCUGUCCCCGCCACCCUCCUGCCUCCUGACCCACGACUGCCGAAUACAAAGAUGUUAAUUUUUAAAAUGUUACCAGUGUAAUUUAUUUUAUGCAUUUUAUAAAAUAAAUAAAGCUUUAGAAAAAU